UGAAAGAAAGUACUCCUUCACAUUAUACCCAUCAAGUAGUGCAUCCAGAACCUGUUAGUUAAAUAAUUCAUGACAAACAGAAUGCCUCCUUCCACCCCGUCUAGAAUACUCAUAGGCAUCUCUUCCGAUGCAGAUGACAGUAAGGAGUUGCUCUCAAGGGCAAUCAGAGUUCUUGCUCAUCAAAAUGACAACAUCGUUGCCAUCCAUGUUCUUGUUGGCGAGGAGAGGAAAAAGCACGAAUCAGGAACAAAAAAUCAAUCGCAGCUUCGUCGAGCAAAAGCCAAUGUUAUAUCUGUGCUUGGAGAAUUUGCCAGGAGUUGCCAAUUUAAGCAGGUAAAUUUAGAAGCAAGAGUAGUUUUUAGCUCAAGUGUUGGAAGAGGUCUGAUUGAGGAAGCAAAAUCAAUUUCAGCAGACUAUCUUCUUCUUGGUGGCUCAAGAAACCAAUCCAAAAGAACUCCAUCCAUCACAAAAUAUUGCUUCAAGCAUUCCCCGGCUAGUUGCACACUGGUUUUACUUGGGAAAUCAAAGCAACCUCAUCAGAUUUCAAAUUCAGAAUCUGCUGACUCCAAAGAAAUCCUUCAAUCAAGUUCACGGACAUCGUUGCAAGAUAUCAUGCACAGUAGCAGAACUACAUCCUUUUCUGAAAAGCAAACUGUCCAAGAAACACGGAACAAAAACCCUUCACCAAGAACAGUUUUAUGUGAAUUUGAAGCUGAAUCUCAGAGCACAGAAGAUGAUACCAGUAGCAAUGCAGACUCGACCGUUACAGCGUCCCCCUCUCUUGCUUCUCCCAAUUUCAAUAGCCAAAUCACCCUAAGAAAGCAAGGAUUGUCACCUUGCAGGAUCAUUACUUCGUUUUUAGGUUCACCAUUCAGAAAACGAAACGGAAGUUUAUCCAAGAACGAACUGCAGCUACCUUUGUUGAAGUGCUUCAGCUACAAGGAGAUCGUGAAUUCCACAAACAACUUCCACCCAGAUAAUAUAGUAGGUCGAGGUGGAUAUUCAGAAGUAUAUAAGGGUGAUCUUUCUGAUGGAAGACGCAUUGCAGUUAAGAUGUUGGCCAAGGACAGCAAGGAUGCUAACAAGGAAAAAGAGUUCCUCACGGAAUUGGGUGUAAUUUUACAUGUCAGCCAUCCUAAUACCGCUAACUUAGUCGGUUGCUGCAUUGAAAACGGACUCUACCUGAUUUUCGAUUUCUCUCCAAAAGGAAAUUUGUCUUCUGCUUUGCACGGUAAAUCCAGCGAGUUGCUUUCAUGGCCUAUUAGAUACAAGAUUGCCAUUGGAGUUGCAAGGGGUCUGCACUAUCUACAUGAAUGUUGCAAGCACCGAAUAAUCCAUCGGGAUAUAAAAGCCUCAAAUAUCCUUCUGGGAACAGAUUAUGAACCGCAGAUUACAGACUUUGGACUAGCAAAGUGGCUUCCUAACAAAUGGACUCAUCAUGCUGUGCCUCCAAUUGAGGGUACGUUUGGAUACUUAGCACCGGAGUACUUCAUGAACGGAAUUGUGGAUGAAAAAAUUGAUGUUUUUGCAUUUGGAGUUCUUCUUAUGGAAAUUGUAACUGGAAGAAAGCCUGUGGAUUCAUCAAAGCAAAACCUUCUACUAUGGGCAAAGCCUCUUAUGGAAUCAGGGGACAUAGCCAAACUAGCUGAUCCAAAACUGGAAGGGAAAUAUGACACAGAACAACUGCACAGAAUAGUGCUUACAGCUUCCGAUUGUGUAAGACAAUCCUCAGUAUGGCGACCCCCAAUGCGUGAGGUGUUAGAGCUUCUUACCAAUGGCCAUAACUCUAAGGUUGCAAGGAGCUCGAUUCCUAAGUUUUCCUCGGACGAGUUGGAUGAUUGCUCCACGGUUUAUGGAUAUGAGGUUCCAGUAGAUAUUGAUUUGGAGGACUACUUAUGAUUAUUUGAUCCUUAAUUUUUAUUUAUUUAUUUUCUGCACCAUUUUAAGGUUUAAUUACUAGUGACAAGAGAUAUGCUUGACAGAGUAAGAGAUAAGAAGUUGAACUGUUCCUUGUAACUGCAGUAUCAGAGAGAAUCACCGUGUUAUGUGAUGCGAGAGAUAUUAAUAGGGAGACAUACAUCCGGUUGUACCAAAGAAUUUCCUCAAGUAUUGGACUACUACAACUGAAGAAUAUCUGCAGUUAAUCCACAACUCUGAAUUGAGAGGCAAGAUGAUCUUUAUACCAAAGAAAAACAGAGCAUUCAAAAGUUCAUAUCAA